AGCGAAGGGGGGCCUGGGUCGCUGCUUGCUGCUGGGGACAUGGCCACUUAUCACCCAUCAGGACACAUGCAACUACCCCGGGCUGAUGCGAUUCGUUCCCGGCUCAUUGAUACUUUCUCUCUCAUCGAGCAUCUGCAAGGCUUGAGCCAAGCUGUGCCACGGCACACCAUCCGAGAGAUACUUGAUUCUUCCUGUCAGAAGAAGCUUAUGUUGGGAGAUCAACACCAGCUUGUACGCUUCUCCAUAAAACCUCGUCAUGUAGAACGGAUUACACAUGCCCAGAGGCUAAUGAGCACCCUUCGAGUGCGAUGCAGUGAGAGGCCACCUCUUUCCUUAUGGGCUGGAUGGGUCCUUGAGCGUCCUAUCUUCAGAAACUUUAUCAUCUUCCUCAUCUUCUUGAAUACAAUUGUACUGAUGGUUGAAAUAGAAUUGCUUGAAUCUGCAAAUACCCGAUUGGACUCACUGAAGCUGACUCUGGAGGUGGCAGCUUGGUUCAUCUUGCUUGUCUUCAUCUUGGAGAUCCUUCUUAUGUGGCUAUCCAGCUUUUUCCUCUUCUGGAAGAAUGCCUGGAACGUCUUUGACUUUGUGGUCACAGUAUUGUCCCUGAUUCCUGAGAUCGUGGUGCUGGCAGGGGUAACAAGCAAACCUGUAUGGCUCCAGUUGCUGAGGAUCUGCCGGGUACUCAGGUCUCUUAAACUCUUUGCACGAUUCCAUCAAGUUCGAGUCAUCAUUUUGGCCCUGGUCAGGGCCCUCAAGAGCAUGACCUUCCUCUUGAUGUUGCUGCUCAUCUUCUUCUACAUUUUUGCUGUGGCUGGUGUCUACUUCUUCGAGAAUUACACCCGUUCAACUCGCCAGGACCUGGAUUAUCAUGAGUUCUUCUCGGACCUACUGAAUUCCAUAGUAACCGUGUUCAUUCUCUUCACCCUGGAUCACUGGUAUGCACUGCUUCAGGACACCUGGAAGGUGCCUGAGGUCAGUCGCGCCUUCAGCAGCAUCUAUGUCAUCCUCUGGUUGUUACUUGGUUCCAUUAUCUUUCGAAAUAUCAUAGUAGCCAUGAUGGUUACUAACUUCCAGAACAUCAGGAAUGAGCUGAACCAGGAGAUGACACACCUGGAGGUCCAGCACAAAGCCGACAUAUUCAAGCGGCAGAUUAUCCAGAGGAGACAAAACCUACUCCCUGAGGCACAGAGGUCAAGCAUUAGCAAACUGGACACCAGAGAUGCCAGUCAACAAGGGAGAGCUUCAGACUUAACAGAAACUUCUCAACAAGAGUCUAAACAGAGUGCCACUAAAAAGGGUUCAAAAGCAUCCAAGUCAAGAACAAACUCCUUGUCCAAAAGGAGAAAGGCUACACCUUCCUUCUCUUCUUCCUCCUCUUCAUUUUCCUCCUGCUCGUCUGCUUCUAGCUCCAGAUGUUAUGACCCUAUCGGUCAGCUGGACUGGGAGACUCACGUGCACCAGAAUCUGCCUGGGCUAAUGGACAUGGAUCAGGAUGAACGUGUUGUCUGGCCUAGAGAUUCACUCUUCCGGUAUUUUGAGUUGCUGGAAAAGCUUCAGUAUAACCUGGAGGAGCGUAAGCAGUUACAAGAAUUUGCAGUGCAGGCACUGAUGAACUUUGAAGACAAGUAA